AUGGCCAACGAGUACUAUGCAAUCAUUCUAGAGUUAUCUCCUCGAAAGAUUAAUGUUGGGUUUGCUGGAGAAGCCAGUCCUCUGGUUUCCAUUCGCCCGGACACCCCAUUAUGGGAAAAGUUCCAACCUCCAUAUGAAAAAGACGUUUACCCCAGAUUCUUUGAUCUUUCUUCACAUUCAUUGACCAAAGAACAAAAGGAAGAGCUCUCUAGUGUUCUUAAAAACGACAAAGCGGAUUCUUUGAUUCUCGAGAAGUACCAGCAUGACAGCCAAAACGGUUCCUUCACGUUCUGGGAACUGGACGGGUUCCGUGCCCUAGGACGUCUAAUGAAGUACGUGGUUGUUCGAAACUUGAUGGUUUCGCCAUGUCAUGUGAAGAUUAUGGUGCUUGAUAGCGGUGCUUCUGCAUUGGAGAAGUUCCAGCUAUGUAGUGUGCUUUUGGGACCUUCUGGAUGUGCAUGUUCAGUGUACUUCAUUCCACGAGCUUCGUGUAUUUCUAUGGCUGCCAGCGUGGAAGACUCUGUGGUAGUGGACUUUCAGUGGCUGGAGUGCCGGAUAAGUGCAUUGAGUGAGUUGAGAGUUGUCAAAGAGAAAUGCGUGGAGACGUACUCUGAAGAGACGGCUUGUUAUAAGAUGUUGAGGACAGUAAGUGAUGCAGAAGAGGCCAGGGAGAAGGUUAAUGAAGGCCACUUUUUGUCGUUUAAGGGCUUACCUGAAGUUUUGGAGCUGUUGGUGGAGGAAUUGGCGGUAGAUGUACGUCCCAAGAUGGUCCAGAACCUUGUUUUUACUGGUGAUAUCGCUCUGUCGGUGGAAUUGCAGCGGUCGCUUUCUCAGGAAAGUACUGCCUUGGAGCGUGGGCAGGCGCCUCGAUCUACUGUUCUACCUCGCUUUUGA